AAGCCGCAGCGAAAGCAGUACUCUGGACUAAGGCGCGUGGUUCUGCACCCCAGCACCUUCCGCUAGGUGUGCUGCUUCUCUCGCUCCUCAGAGCGUGGGUCUCACUGUCCCCGCGGUCCGCAGCCACACUAAUUCCUCACCCUCUUCAGUCCGCAGUCAGAAUUGGCAGAACUGCUUUCCAGGCUUCUCUCCCUUCCCUCCUUUUUUGUCUUCCUCCUUAGCAGUCGCUUUACCUCGCGGCUUUGGGUCGCUGGCGGGCUUGCAGGUGAGCAGCCGCGCAGCGCCACUGUCUGGAGAGUUUACCUUGCACAGCUGGACUCGGGCCAGAGCAGCUGCAGCAGCACCUCUCCCAAGACUCGCUCUUCCUUGCAGAAUGAAGAACCCGAUGCUGGAGGUGGUAUCCCUGCUGUUGGAGAAGCUGGUCCUCUUCUCCAACUUCAGGCUUUUCAGUUUAGACAUCCCGGGAGAAGAGAAAGGAUGGAAAAAAUUCUAUGAGGUCAACUGUUUCCUCCGCGGCGACGUACUGGAAGUGCCCCGGACCCACCUGACCCACUAUGGCAUCUACCUGGGCGACAACCGUGUCGCACACUUAAUGCCCGACAUUUUGUUGGCUCUGACCAAUGACAAGAAGCGCACGCAGAAAGUGGUCUCCAACAAGCGUCUCAUUCUGGGCGUCAUUGGUAAGGUGGCUAGCAUCCGCGUGGACACAGUGGAGGACUUCGCCUACGGAGCCGACAUCCUUGUCAAUCACCUGGACCAGUACGUCAAAAAGAAGGCUCUGCUCAACGAGGAGGUGGCCCGGAGGGCUGAGAAACUGUUGGGUCUGACCUCCUACAGCCUAUUGUGGAACAAUUGCGAACACUUUGUAACUUACUGCAGAUACGGUUCCGCGAUCAGCCCCCAGGUCGACAAGUUUUUUGAGAUGCUGAAGAUAAUUAUUCGUGAUCAGAGAAGUGUUCUUGCUUCAGCGAUCUUGGGAUUGGUGUCUAUAGUCUGCAUGGGCCUGGCAUCAUAUACUACCUUUCCUGCAAUUAUUAUUCCAUUCUGCUUAUGGAUGGUUGCCUAAUUACAUGUCCCCACAUUAGUGUGUAUGUAUUCUCCAUGUAAAUGUAUUUAUAUUUAUAGAGCACAAAUCACUGUAAGCCUUGUUAAAAAAAAAAUGUGACCUGUAACCCUGUGUUCUGGAUAAAAAUGUGAUUAAGAAUCACACCAAGUGCUUACCAUGUAAGCCCAAGAACAAAGGCUUUCUGAAUCUUCUCAGGCAGUUCUGUUGCAAAGCACCAUCCAAACCUUGGAAAAGUGACAACUUGUGAUAGAAUUUGACAGUACAAGAAAAUCAGCCCCUAAGGUGAUGAUGGCCAGAGGAGAUUAUUUGUGUUAUGUUUUUCUUCUGCAAUCAUUGUUGUGAGUCUUGAAUUUGAAGAUUGGAAGACUUAACAACUGUGAUAAUCAAAUUAAUGUAAGUUUAUUUUGUUUUAUUGAAAAACUUAACAUUAAACUGAAAGCAUUUUCCAAAUGCAGAUGAAAACAUGUUUGAUGAUUGGCUUAAAAGAACCACCACCAAAACACAACGUCCUUUUUCUUGCAUAUUAUAUAUUAUCCCAAGCAAGUCAAGAAAUUUUAUUUUCAUUACUUGAAACUAUUCUAGGCAAAGUUAAAGUUUAAUGAACAGGUAACUGACCAUUAAGUGUGGAAGUCUGUGUUUUCCUAAAGAAAUUGCUACAAUCGCAUUAAAUCUGAUUUGAUAAUUUAAUCAGAAGCCUGGCAUUGAUAACUUUUUCCUUUUAUGUGUCAAUAUUGUUAUUUUAAAUCUGAGAAAUAAAUAGAUAUGGAUUAAAAUAAUUUGGAUAUUGGACAUAUAUGUGUGUGUGUGUGUGUAUAUAUAUA